AAAAUGCUGUUGGCGUUGAACUGACUAAAUAUCGUUCCUUUGGUCUUAUUUAUAGUUCAAAUUGUAUAAUUUUUUAUUUCUUUCAAGUAAAUAUCCAUUCCUAUGAAUAACGGAAAGUCAGCGUGGGUUCAGCUUAUAGUCGUUACGCGCGUUUGGAAAGCGAUAAAAAAUGAUCCAGAAUUGUGCUUGUCAUGAAGACUGGUGGAAAAAAAUAAACAGCUGUGGUUUAUCAAAAAGGACAAAAAUCACCUUUGUAAGAAAGUGAAAUAUCUUGGAUAUUUGAGGAAAACAAUCUAAGAUCGAAGCGAGACCACACGAUAGACGAUGCAGGAACAAAACGGUACCUACAAAAAUGAUCGGCAACCGAAUGCCUCCUCGUAAACCUGUUUUGUGUUAAGUGCAUUUUCUUGGAACUACAUUGCAAGUGAAAAUUCAUUUGUAUCAAAGGAGCAUGGAUUCGUGAUUGCCCUAUAAAGUUGAAGCUUGGUGACACCUUCAACAUGCAUGCGGCUCGACACUAUCAGAUGCUCUUGGAACACACAUGGAACCGUUUUAGACAAAGCUGCAGAAUGAUGAUGAAGGCACGACGAGCUGAAUAUGGAGCUCUCCCGACUCGCCCGUCUGAGUCCAAAAGAGAUUGAAUAGUACCAGCAUGCGGCUGCUGGAGAAGGGAGAGCCGGAGCUGGCAGGCCGGGAGUAUGGACGCCUGACGCGAUUCCCUCCGGACAAUCCCGCUUGGAAGCUUAUUGAUAAGACACCGCCACCUAGACUGCAGUACAGAGCCCACCUCCAUUGGAUGCGUAAGAAACAGAAAGCCCAGGAGGUGGGAGUGCCGGCGCCGUCGCCGCCAGAUGAGGACGUUGCUGGCCUCCAGCAUCGACCCUGUUUCCGUCGAGUGGGGAAGUGGGUGUGCGAGGAAGCUGGACUGGAUGGAGUGCCCGUAGCCCCACUAACACUGCACCAAGGAGAAUCGCCGUGGAAGCAGUAGGUACAACACCAACGCCCACUUCGGCUUGAAGCUUCCGAAACCUACCAAGAGGACUGACCCACCAGAAUUGCGGAAGGCUGCAACCCUGGAGGCCCUGGCCGCUUACCCAAAUCCAGACCUCACAAUCUGGUCUGAUGGCUCUACCCUAGACGGUACCAAGAAAGGCGGCGGAGGAGCCCUCCUCGAACUGCACCGUGAGGGGCACAAGAUCGAAUGUACCGCACCGGCAGAAGUCGUAUGCAGCAGCAUGCAGGCGGAGCUGGCGGCGAUGGCGGAGGCGUUAAAAUGUUUCCUGGGCCACUGCCGGAGCCAUCCCUCGCUGCAAUUCGGUCUGUCCUGCUCUGCUCGGACUCCCUGUCCGGCCUCCAACUGCUCAGCCGAGGCCCGACAGCGCAGGAAUCGGCCCUGACACAGGGCAUCUGGGCUCUCUCUCCUGCACUCUGCCGCGGCCGGGGGCAGAGUUAUUAGUCUCACAGUGGAUCCCGGGCCACGCAGGGGUCGAGGGUAAUGAAGAAGCGGACCGCCUAGCAAGCAUCGCGGCGACAUCAGGCGACCAGCGUCGGAUCCCAGUUGACCUGGCCUGUGCGCGCAUCGCUAUCAGACACUAAACCGGCCUGCUCACCCUCGAUCGCUCCAAGCACCACCCACAUCUGGAGAACACCCCUGGCCACGACGACCUCGACCGAUGGGGACAGACCAGUGACCACUGUCUCGCAGACCGCAGCGGCUGCACACCCCUGGUCCGGGCCACACUCUUCAGGAUUGGCCUGGCCACCAGCUCUCUCUGCGGACAGUGCGGCGAAGAGGACACGGUCGCGCACGUGCUAUGCGAGUGCCCGGCCGCGCAAGAACGCGAACCCGGCUCUGGGGGCCGCUCCCCACCAUCUAGGAUGUGCUCUCGAGGCCGGCUAAAUACGUCACGGAGUUCCUCGACCGAGUACCUGUGGACCAGCCCCGGUCUGCCACGCCCUAGGGCACGGCCGGCAUGAGUGCGCGGAAGAAGAAGGGAGAGCCGGCUGACGCAUCGGAACAGGCGCAUCUAUCCUGCGUCGAGAACGACCAGUCGCUCUGCUCCGUCGACCUGGCCGGCGACUUCACGUACCGGCUGGUUGGCGUCGUACAACUUAACGGCGGUGCCAACACUCGGGAUACCACCUAUGUGCGUAUGCCGUGUACUGUACAUAAUGGGACAGAACAUAUUGUAUCAUUACGACGAGACGCGUCCGCUGGAUGGACGAGACAGACGUCCUGGGCGAAGGCCAUCGCCCAGGGUGCACACAGUCACCGUGCCGGCGGCCGGCAGCCGAACGCCUCCUGAUAGUAGCCGUGCAUAGUGUUCGCCUGUGCGUGUGUGUAUAUAUUUACCAAUAAAUACAACCAACCAGAAUCAAAUUCUCUCCGGUUAGUGGUUACGUGUUCUUCAAUGCUCGGGUAUGUGAUGUCUAAGAACAUGAAUAACCACAAGACAUUGAUAAGACCUUGGGACAUAACACACGUGAAACCCUGUGACGAAAUUUACGCCCACCUUAUUAGGUACGUAUGCCAACGUAAUAAACUAAAACUACGCCUGUUACGCACACAUCCAAUUCAAAAGUCUCGCAAGCAUACUGCAUGCCUUACGAAUGCUUUGCGGCGCCAAUACAUAUAUGAACGACUUCUAUACUUACCUUUGAAUUUUGUCAUAUGACGUCCUGAAAACGUCAUCUGCAAUUUUUUCAGCUGUAGCUUUUGAUCAAACCACGUAAGAACAAUGAAACCAUUUUCCAUACGAUUAUCUUGAUAAUCCAAAGCGAUUGGUAAACUACAUGACCAUUUCCAGUCAGGUCAUAACCUUCAGUAGCGUGAUAAUUGAACUGAGGCCUCUUGCACCAAAAUCCUCUUGCACCAAUGCUUGGAUUAUUUUGCAUCGUAUACCCAGUCCAAGUCUCAAAUGUAACAAUUUGCAUGCACAAUUUUGCAAGCACAUGUAGGAUUAUGUAUUGGGCUAUUGCAAACAAAUUUACCACCGUUAGAUUAGCUUAUUCUGAAACCGGUUUUUCGAUUUUACCUAGCUAGGUAGUUUGGUGCAAGAGGCCUCUGAGCUCAUGAACUGCGGUAAAAUAUAAUAUUAACUAAUCGAAGCCAAUUUGCAUACUAUUCGAUGCGUCUCGGUGAGAGAAUCACAACGAUGGUAAAAUGGACGACAUGCAAGCAUUGUAUCAAAAGUUAUUGUACAAAAACUAUUUGGGGUAAAAACGCACACUCCGCGGAUCUCGCUCCCUCUAGGCCAAAAUGGCACCUCCAUCCAGACGAUUUUUACUUUUUGCAACGGGGAGAUAUUUUCUGAGCAUGCUCAAUGCAUUUUAAACCCGCCAAUGAGCGUAUCCUGUGAAUAAAGUUAAAUGUUUUGUUGUCACACCUCAUUUUCCCGUCAGUUUACGAAUAAAUGACGUCACAGUGACGUCACAGAUUGUGUGCGAUAUGCGUUAACCAGAAUUUUCAUUAAUGCAAUGAAUUUUGACUAUAAUAUUAAAGUUUUGAAAUACAUCACAACUACACGACUUAUUUUAUUUUAAAAUAUAUAAAAAGGGUACCAUUCUUCAAAAAAGAAGAACCACGCAGUUGCACGUGCUCUGGAAGUGGUGCAACAUUAGUUAGAGGUGCGCACCGGUCGGAUUCGGGUUCAGCGGUCAUUUUUGUCCCAGAAACCACCCUUUGCUAAGCUCUACCCAAUUUUGCGUUAUUCGGCCCAAAAUUGGGCCUCCUUCCCCUGACUAUAUUUGGUGACUUGCCGUUUGACGUUCUCGGAACGCCUGCUCACAGUUUAUUUUGUGUUAGAAGCUGGAUGGUCCGUGAGCUAUAAGGCGCACGUCAUUCGUGCAUUAUCAUUGUGAGAUAUUCCAUAGAGUUUUUCGUUGUGCUUCUUUGUCCAAUCUCUAUAAGGCAUCAGUGUGUUGGGUUCUUACGAUAAACUGUUAGGUCGCUGCGCACUUUUUCGCUGUCUUAUGGCUACAAGUGGGGUGCUGGUCACCGCGCCGGUGCACUCAUUCCUUUCAAUGUUUAUGUCGCCAGCUCCGUAAAAUGCGAACGGAAACGUUUUGGUGAGACGUCGGGAACACUUUGAUGUUCCUGUGAUUAUGGGAUGGUCUUUGUUUCUGUUUGAGCGCGUGCUAUCGCCGCGAAUUGUGUAUUUUUAUUCUGUAAUUUGUAUAGAGUCAGUUGCAGUAAAUAAAUGCAUUCACAUUGUGCUAAGGUGCGUCUUUCGACCAAUUAAAUGUUUGCUUGCCGUUUCCCCGGAUAGGUAUGGAAGGUAACGAUAAUUUUUUACCGUUAUAAUAGUAAGUACCGACUGUUUAAUUCGUGUGCCGUUUUAGGUUAACAUUUAUUCAAGCCUGUGGACACUGUUAUAUUAUAUUCAGAUCAAAAUCAUCAAGGGCAUUGGGUUCAUAUGCGUACCGUGAAAGCGAACGGCUGCAAUGGUCCACAUUUAGGUACUGGUGAAGUUGCGCCGGAUUCCUGCGAUAACUGACAGGUCCGUCGAAACAGCGACUCUGAGCACUUCUACAUUGAUGACAUGCAGAUGCGGUUCAACGAAAGUCGAAAUAUCCCCGGAAGAAAGAGAGAGAAAGCGAGAUUCAAUGCUUUCAGCCUAGAUUUCAGAUCUUAUACCGUGUGUAAACGUCAAUCAAGAGAACUGUCGCGUAUGCUCUAAGUUUCAGCGCUGCCACGAGUGGCGACUUUCCUAGCUUGUGAAGCUACUCAGUGGGAUGCUAACACGAGAGAUGUGUGUGAUAUCGUCGCCUUGAAGUUCGGAUGAGAGGCUGACUGCAGGCACCGUACGCUAUUGAAAGGUGUCUGGUACGUGACCUGGGUGUGAGUGGGUUGCCGUUUGCGUCAGCAUUCUGCACGUAAUUGGUCGUGGAAGUGAGAUUCACUGACCGCAUUCGAGGUCAUGUGUCUUCAUGGCAAGGAAUAGGGCUGAGUUAUGUUCGCGUAGUUGUUGAGCUGAUGAGAUGCGAUCGCGCUCGCACAACACAGCCGUCGGUCGCUGAAUCUACGUAGCGUUGCUGGCAAUGUCUAGCACUGAUGCAAUGCCUCGCUCCGCGUCAUUUCUGCGUUUCAUGUCAACAUCAAGAUUAGUAAAGCCGGAAUCAGUCAUUACGUGUUAACGUAUCUGGCCGGACGCCGGGCUUAGAGUCAGGACCGAUAGGGUUGAUGUGUCUGAACUCGCGUCUAUCGGGUUUAUAUGGCUGUUUCGGCCGUUCGUCGAGAACCAUGUCUUAAAAAGACGAUUUGUUACCCUCAAGUUGGCGUGAUUCGGUCACAUGACACGCAGUCACCCAUGGGAUCAUAGUUAGGAUCCGGCGUCGAGCUCUUUUGAGACAAGAUGUGUAGAUAUAUUUCACCGCGUCGGGAGAGGAAAUAUGACACCCUGUCAUUAGUAGCGCUUCUUCAACCCUCGCCGCGACUCCCGCUCUGUCAUCACCCCACGGUCAGGUGACCCAACCCUUCCGUGACGACAAUGACCCAUCCUGGGCGCCCUCCAACCGCGAGCUGAUGCCCCCGGACCUCACGGGUCGGUCAUCGCCACCCCGCCGAGCCGGGACGACUGGGACACCACCCGCGGGCGGCGCCAUUCGUCGGCUAUUUCCGUGCCCACCUCCCGGCUAGCCGCAGUGAUAAAACGAACCACCGCCUCUGCUGGACGUUGAGAGGUGCAGGCCAGUCUGAGGGCAGUCUGAGAGCGGUCUGGGAGCUCCCCCGCCGCCCCGCAGCACCGCCCGGCCGGCCGCCAGCCCGUCAGCUGACUGCAGGGUGCCUGUCCACGGACCCGGGCACCGCCCCGGGGGCAGAGCCGAGCGUGCCAGUGGGGAGAGCUGUGCUGUCCUGAGGAGCGCAGUGUGGAGGAGAGCCACCCUUGGGCCCUUGAGGACUGAACCGGACUGUGAUUGUUCUGUUUGUGAUACAGUCAGGAUAGACGGAAAUCCGUCUGCCCAUGGCGAAGUCUCGUGACGAUAACAAUCGUAAACGGUUUUUACCUUGAGCUGGUCUUUCGUAACUCGAAGUUCUUCGCGAUAUUCAGAAGAAACAGGGAUUACCCGGUCAUAAAGUGAGCUGACAACAUUUGAUAAUCGUCAUAAUUCGGUGAUUAUUUGAUACUCAGCAAGUGAUAGCUUGAACCUAGCUCAGUGAUACGGUAGUUGCGUAAAGGCUUGUGAUAUUCGAUCCUUUAAAUCGCGCGUCAUUUAAACGGUCUACGGGAUUGACAAGUGUCUUUGAAAGCUUGUGAGGCAGCAUUGGCAUUGAUUGAGCUGUGAACAUUUCCUGUGAUUUCAGUCCGGGUGAUAAUCGCUGUGUUUGGCCUUAUACAUCCUGACGUGCGCUCUUUGAAGUUCGUUUAGGAAACUGCACUUUCGCACCUUCGUAGUAGUUUGUGAUCGCCUUUUACAUAGCAAUAAGCUUCAACAAAACCCGUCGCGUACGAACGAAAGGCGGAUCGCACUUAACGCUGCCCGCACACUAUGAACUGCGACUGGGGCGAGUCUGACAGCUCCCUGGCGCUGUCGGACGCCGGUGAGGAGGAGUUGUUCUCCUCCGCAUCCUCCUCGUCUGAGGGAUCGUACGUGUCGGCGCCGCGCGCUCCAGAGGCCGCCCUGAAGGCCGCCGCCGGCACCAUGGAGGAGGUGCAGGAGCCCGAGAUUGUGCCCGAGGUGCACCACUACCCGAUCGUGUCGCAGCGGCACACUUGGUGUGUCGACGAGGAACACCUGCACUACCAGGCGUCCUACCAGCAUCAGAUCGUGCACGGCUUCAGCUCGACGUUCAUCAAGGCCUACAGAUGCUUCGGACGCUCGCGCGGCCGCCGGCUCACCAUUCUCGAGAUGAACGAGCGCGGCUCGGGUCUGCGCGCCCGCGGUGAGGUGCAGGACUUUGAGAAGCUGCGCGCCGAGUGUCGCCGCUCCGGCCGGCUGUUCGAGGACCCCGAGUUUCCGGCCACCGACUGCUCCAUCUUCUUCUCCCGCACGCCGCCGCGGCCCUUCGAGUGGAAACGACCUCACGAAAUCUGCAGCAACCCGAAGUUCAUCUUGAAAGGCGCUUCCCGGUUUGAUGUCCAACAGGGAGAGCUAGGCGACUGCUGGCUGCUAGCCGCCGUGGCCAACAUCACACUGAACCAGGAGCUGUUCGCGCAGAUCGUGCCCAGCGACCAGGAGAUGGACGACCAGUACGCCGGCAUCUUCCACUUCAGGUUCUGGCAGUACGGCCGGUGGGUGGACGUGGUGGUCGAUGACCGCCUGCCCACUUACCACGGUCAGCUGGCCUUCAUGCACUCGCAGGACAACAGGGAGUUCUGGUCGGCUCUCCUCGAGAAGGCAUACGCCAAACUGCACGGCUCGUACGAGGCCUUGAAGGGCGGCACCACCUGCGAGGCCAUGGAGGAUUUCAGCGGCGGCGUCACCGAGAUGUACGACAUCGAGCAGGCCCCAGAGAACCUGUUUCAGAUCAUGCUGAAGGCCAACCAGCGACAGUCACUCAUGAGCUGCUCCAUCGAGCCGGACCCAUACGUGGCAGAGGCGGAAAUGUCGAACGGCCUCAUCAAGGGUCACGCCUACUCGGUGACUAAGGCCUGCCUGGCCGAUAUCGAGACGCCUCGGGUCCAGGGCAAAAUACCCAUGGUGCGCAUCAGAAACCCGUGGGGAAACGAGGCGGAGUGGAAGGGCGCCUUCUCCGACAAGUCGCCGGAGUGGAACUAUAUUCCGGAGGAGACCCGGAGGGAACUCGGACUAACGUUUGAUGCCGAUGGAGAAUUCUGGAUGACAUUCAAGGACUUCACCAGAAACUUCCAGCGUCUGGAGAUCUGUAACCUGAGCCCGGACAGCCUGGAUGACGAUGAAGACGACGCCUCCAGGCGCUGGGAGAUGUCCGUGUUCGAGGGAGCCUGGGUGCGCGGCGCCACCGCCGGUGGCUGCAGAAACUAUAUCAACACGUUCGCGCACAACCCUCAGUACCGGAUCCAGCUUCACGACGUCGACGAAGACGACGAGGAGCGCAAGUGCACCGUGAUUAUCGCCGUGAUGCAGAAGAACCGGCGCGCCCAGCGGCGGCUCGGCCUCGAUUGUCUCACCAUCGGCUUCUCCAUCUAUCACCUGAAUGACCCGGACAGCGCGCCCAAGCCUCUGGACACCCAGUUCUUCCGGUACAACUGUUCGGUGGCGCGCGCACCUAGCUUCAUCAACCUGCGCGAGGUGUCGUGCCGCUUCAAGCUGCCGCCGGGCAGCUACUGCAUCGUGCCGAGCACGUUCGAGCCGAACGAGGAGGGAGAAUUCCUCAUCCGCAUCUUCUCCGAGAAGCGCAACAACAUGGAGGAGAAUGACGAGGAAGUCGGCCCCGGACAGGUCUCCGAUGAGAUCACGCCGGAGCUGAGCCAAGAGUCCGAGUACGACCGCGCCGUGCGGCAGUUCUUCACACAAAUCGCCGGAGAUAACCUCGAGGUCGACUGGCGAGAGCUCAAGGAGGUGCUCGACUACGCCCUGAAGAAAGAGUUCGAGUUUGACGGGUUCAGCAAGGACACGGUGCGUUCGAUGGUCGCUCUGCUGGACGUCGACAACUCGGGACAGCUCGGUUUGGAGGAGUUCAAAUCGCUCUGGAGCAGUAUCCGCCUGUGGAAGUCGGUCUUCAAGAAGCACGACCGCUCGGGCUCGUCGUACCUGAGCGGCUUCCAGCUACGGGCGGCGCUAAACGAGUCCGGCUACCGGGUCAAUAACAACAUGCUCAACCUGCUGAUGCACAGAUACGGUGACAGAGAAGGAAGGGUGGCCUUCGACGACUUCAUGGCCUGUGCCGUGAAGAUGAAGACAUGCAUCGAAAUCUUCAAAGACAAAGACCCGAGACAAACAAACAAGGCGACGUUCUCUCUGGAGGACUGGAUGGAACACAACAUGUACUCAUAAAUGGAGAAAGUCGUCUGAUCUCCCUGUCGUCGUACUUCGAGAUCGGUGGCUCGGGCUCGGUCACAAAAAGUCGGGCCGGCUGAGCACUGCAAUUGAUUAGAGUUCGAGCAGUUGUUCUCGUUCUCGUGCAAAGAUGCAGAGGGGGAAUGGUGAAUAGUGUCGUGCAAUGAGUGUCGCCUUCUUUCAUACUGGUGUGAUUUACUGACUGCUUUUAUUUAGAAGACGGUAAGCUAGAAUGGUGUACAACACCUUGAUGUGAUGUUUCAAGUGAUCGUGUCGUACUGAAGCUAUUCUAAAUUUCAAAUAUCGCAAUUAUGGACGUCCAUAAUUAUAGUCCGUUUUCUACGUUGUGAAUGUCGGCUCUACAGUCUACAGUGUGAUGUGUGGUUCCGUAAUUGUAGCUGUUCCGGGUCUAAAAGUCUGAAUCGAUUUGAUUGCAUUCGCGAUUUUACCGCUUUGAUGUCAAAGGGCCGCGAUAGGUCGCAUCCAUGGGUCGAAUAGGUGUACAUAUUUUCAGAUUUUAGGUUUUGAGACGAUGUGUGUGCCUAAUGCCAGUGCUUGAAAUAUUGCUUUUGUGCCAAAGUUUGCUGUGCUUCUAGAUACUUUACAGCGCCAUUAACAAGUAGAAAUGUACAUAGAUGUGGAACGAAGCUUGCCGGUGCCGCUUUGCGUAGUCAACAGUCUGCGAUGAGAGUGGAAAAGGAAGGGGAAAUGAUGGAUGGGUCUCUAUUUUGUGAAUGCUCUAAUACCAGUAGGAGUGGGCACUAGCUGAUAAAGGCUGAGCGAAGACAAUGACAAACAUCGGCCAGCUUUAAUGCUCUGUUUACAAUUUUCGAAUUUAUUUCUGCGUGACAGGUGUGUGUAGUUAAUUACGAAAGUUUUUAAAGAAGAAUAAAGUCGGCUUUGGUAAAAUUGAAAUCGCGAUUGGUAACUUAGUUAAACAGCAACUGUAUUGCAUGUUUUUGUGCGGUUCUGUCGAGUGCUUAUGGCCGUCUUCAGUCUUUCUUUUUGUGGCUUUCGCAAAAGCGCCUACGUUCGUGAUUCGUGAUGCUUUGCCUGCUGUUUGUCAUUGAUCGUUGGCCAGGCUGCAGGCGCUAUCAAUCGCUGGCAUAUCUUUGAAAUAUACCUACAUUAUUGAUA